AUGUCGUCCAGAGUGACUCGCUCUUCUGCGAGGCUUUCCGCAGGUUCUUCCAACGCCAACCCGCCGAAUCCCCCCGCCCCUCCCCCGUCGCGCCAGCCGCCAGCCGCGACGCGUAAACGCAAGGCCGCCGCUCGAGAGCCCAGCCCCGAGCAGCCGCCAGAGCACACGGAGCCACCGCCUGCUCGAGGCGGCCGUGCUAAGCGCACCAAACUCGAGCCCCAGAGCCCGCCUGCUCCCCAGCCCGGCCGCUCCAAGAAGGGCAAAGGAAAAUCGGCAAUGUCAUCGGCCGGACCAUCAACAGACCCCGCUGAGGAGAAAGCCGCGCCGCCAUCCCAGCCCUCCUCGUCACGGCGCGGUAAAAGCGGCCGUAAGAGUGGAGGUCAGGGCGACAGCUCGCGCCGGCAGUCCAAGUCCGCCAACGCUGAACCCAACGCAGAUGCCGCGCCCGCGUCCUCGCGGCGGAGCUCCCGCAAGUCCGCUCCCAAGACCGACGACGACGUAGCCAUGGAUGACGCACCGGAGUCGCGACCCGACGAGGAGACACAACAAUCCGGUGCAGGGAAUGGUCGGCCAGACACAAGCGACGGCAGCAAUGGAGACGGCCACGCACCGGGCUAUGACGAUGACGACGAUGACGAUGAUCCAUUCAGUUCAGGCUUCCUGGGCAGACAACCUCCGCUUGCUGCCCUGCGUCAACUGACUGGUAUGGCUGGCUUCAUGGCUGGCACAAACCAGCGGCUGCGUGGCAUCCUGGAUCAGCUGCGGUCCAAGGACGUGUCGAUGCAGCUCAUAGCUCUACAAGAGCUCUCCGAGGUGCUCCUCAUCUCCACCGAAGACAAUCUGGCAGGCCACUUCUCGCCCGAUGCAUAUGUAAAAGAGCUGGUCACGUUGAUGCAGACGAACGAAUUCGGAGAGGAGAACCCAGAGGUGAUGCUGCUCGCCUGUCGGUGUCUGGCGAAUCUGAUGGAGGCGCUUCCGGCCGCUACAGCUAAUGUCGUGUACGGCGGUGCCGUCCCUGUCCUUUGCUCCAAGUUGCUCGAGAUCAAUUUCAUCGACUUGGCUGAGCAAUGUCUCAGCACGCUCGAGAAGAUUUCGGCAGAGUUUCCAUCCAUCAUUGUGCGCGAAGGCGGACUGACUGCCUGCUUGACAUAUCUCGACUUCUUCGCCACGAGUACGCAGCGGACAGCAGUGACCACGGCCGCCAACUGUUGCCGCAACAUACCGGAAGAGUCGUUCCCAACGGUUCGCGAUGUCAUGCCCAUACUCAAGGAUAUCCUGAACAACAACGACCAGAAGGUCGUGGAACAGGGCUGUAUUUGCGUGUCGAGAAUCGUCCACAGCUUCAAGCACCACGAGAACAAGUUGGAAGAGCUUGUGAGCCCGGAACUCCUCCGAGCCAUACUAAGGCUUCUGCUCCCCGGGACGACAAACCUUAUUGGCGCGAACAUCCACACUAUGUUUCUCCAGGUGCUUGCUUACACGGCAAAGGCUAGCCCUAGCCUGUCCGCCGAGCUGUUCAAGAUGAACGUUGUCGAUACGCUCUACCAGAUUCUUACGGGCGUUUCCCCUCCCAGCGGCACCGAAGAUGUGGCCACCAAGAUCGACACCGUGGUCAUUAUGCAAGCCCUCAUUCACCGACCCAAGGACCAAGUCUUUGAGACGCUUAAUGUUAUCUGCGAGCUUCUCCCCGACGUGCCCAAGGAUGGGCUGAUGUAUUUGGAAGAUCUCUUCGAUGCCGGCUACCCUGGUGAUGACCUGCCCCCGCUCUCAGCUUCUAGGGCGAAGAAGUCGGCUAACCAGAAACGUGUCGAGCUCCUUGAAGGUUGCAAGCAAGAAGUCAAGCGUUUCGCAGUCAUCUUGCUCCCCACUCUGACCGACGUAUAUUCGAGCACCGUCAAUCUAAGUGUUCGACAGAAGGUUCUUACUGCGCAGCUGAAGAUGCUUUCCAAUCUCGACACCGCAAUUCUAGAAGAAGCACUACGUCCCGUGCCAUACGCAUCCUAUCUUGCCUCAAUAUUCUCGCAACAGGACCAUGUAACCUUAGUUACCUAUGCACUACAGGCAGCAGAGCUCCUGCUCAAGCGCCUCGAACCGAUAUAUCGAUACCAAUUCUACCGAGAGGGCGUCAUAUCCGAGAUUUCGCAGCUAGCAAACCGACCUUGCAAGACUCUAGAGCUCCGACGACCCAAGGAAUCCAGGCCCGCGAUUGAAGUUGAGCCAGCUGCCGAUUCUGGGGCAAGUACUAGCUCAGCCGGGGAUGCGGAUGUGGAUCAUGAGAUCACCGACGAAGCAGAGCCCGAUAUGCACUCCGAGGACGAUGACGACGAAAACGACCAUGACGAUGACCAAAACGAGCAUAGCGACAAUCGAGAUGAGGACGAUGAUUCCGACUCUUCAUCAUCCUCCGGCCGCUACGCUCCGCUGCCAAAUCUUGACGACGUUAUCACGCUGCGGGCCAAGAAGUUCAUCGAGGUGCACGAGAAAGACGACGCCAAAGCUAUUCGAGACAAGGCGGCAGCCAUCUUGGAUGACCUGAAGUCGCUUGCAAAGGAGAUCAAGGAGUGCGUCCUUGAAGGUGGACCGGGGAACUGCAUGGAGCUGUUCACGCGGUUGGCCGCCUACUUUGAGGGCGAUGCUCUCGAGAGCAUAACAAGCUACGAGCUGAUGACUUCGAACAUCGUCGAGGUCUUGCUAGAAGCCUUCUCUGCUCCCGUCUCAUCCAGCGGGGUUGAUCCUCGUGCGCUUUUCCUGGAGGCCUUCAUGGGCUCAAGCGGCCAGAAUAAAAUCAAAACGGCUAGCAGCGCCUCACCCGCGACAGCUUUCAGCAUCUUGGUUAGCAAGCUUCAAGAUUUGCUGAGCAGGGCCGAGCACUUUGAGGUCAUCACCGUCCAUCAGCACUCGUACGAUAACCGUGGCAGCGCCACGUCUAUGCUGGCCAAGCAGCUCCGUCUCAAGCUUACAGCAGACGAAGAGUCGGGCAUCCCGAAGACUUAUCGCAACAUCAUGGUCUCAAUACAUGCAAUCGCUACAUUCAAGGCCCUGGAUGACUACCUGCGGCCCCGCAUUAAUAUUGCCGAGCGACCUCGUCCUUCCAGAAAUCGAGAGACGGUUGCCGCAUAUGCACAAGCUCUUGCUGAAGGACGUACACCAGCCCCUCCACCUCCACAUACACCAAGCGAAACGACGAACCGAUCCUCAUCUAGGAAGACAUCCAAGGCGAAACCCGCGAGCUCUGCUACGCCAUCACAAGCCGGACCUAGCUCAGCUCCGCAGGAGAAGACGCGUCGAUCUAGCCGACGACAGCAGACUCAGGCACCUCCGCCCCCACCGCCGCCGGCUAUACCCCGAACCAGCAGCAACCAAGAUCCGGUUGAAUGCGCGGAUGAGGAACGUCUGUCAGAUCAUGAGUCCAUGGAUGAAAACAGCGCGUUGAACACUAUCGUGGACGAUUUUGACGAUGAAAUGGAAGAUGAGGAGCCGGAUCCGUCGGCCGUGAGCGUUGAGGUCGCCCCCACAGGCAAGGUGACUGCUCGCAAGGAGGAUGGUACUAGGGUCGCCACUCCAGUUCAAGGACAGCCUGCAACGAAGCCGCCUCCCCAAGAGCGAAUGUCUACUCCUUCGCGGUUAUCUUCCUUGCUACGCGGAGCUGCCGCACAUCAAGGUCUCGGUAGCUCUGCGGGGGCUUUGUCAUAUGCCGCAGCGGUGCAGUCAACGCCUCAGGAUUGGCACAUUGAAUUCAGCGUCAAUGAGCAGCCACUCUCCAAUGAUACGACCAUCUACCGCGCCGUGCAUUUCAAGCAAGCACAGCCCAGCGAUAUGCCUCACCGGACGGUCUGGAAUGCCAUUCACACCAUCAAGUUUAAACGCGUCUCAGGUCCUCCGCCGACCGAGUCAAAUGCGUUGACACCGCCACCAGAGCCGAAGUCGGCGGCACUUGGAAUGCCGGUCUCGCUGGACAAGAAUCCUGUGACCUCAAGCAUCCUUCAACUGUUGAGCAUACUGCACGACUUGAACUCCAAUCUGGACGACGUCUUUUCGGAUAACCAGGAACCACUCAAGCUCAAUGCGGAACCUCUUUCGCAAUUCGUCAACACCAAGUUGACCGCGAAGCUCAAUCGCCAAUUGGAGGAGCCAUUGAUUGUCGCGAGCAGUUGCCUACCCGGAUGGAGCGAGGAUCUGGCUCGGCUCUAUCCGUUCUUGUUCCCAUUUGAGACGCGCCACCUCUUCCUUCAGUCUACCUCUUUCGGAUACUCGCGAUCCAUGACACGGUGGCAAAACUCUCAGUCGACGACCGAUUCUAGACACUCGGAUCGUCAUCGUGACGAGCGUCCCUUCCUAGGACGACUGCAGCGACAGAAGGUGCGCAUUUCCCGGUCGCGAAUCCUCGAGUCUGCCAUGAAGGUCAUGCAUCUGUACGGGCAUUCUCCGAGCAUUCUUGAGGUAGAAUACUUCGAAGAAGUUGGUACCGGCUUGGGCCCUACACUGGAGUUCUACUCUACCGUCUCAAAAGAGUUUUCGAAGAAGAAGCUGAAGCUCUGGCGCGAGAAUGAAUCGAAUGAAGGUGACGAGUAUGCCUUUGGCAAACGUGGCCUGUUCCCGGCUCCCAUGAGCGCCGAGCAAGCCGGUAAGGAGAACGGCAAGAAGGUCCUAGAGCUGUUCCGGGUACUUGGAAAGUUUGUCGCCCGUUCAAUGCUGGAUUCCAGGAUCAUCGACGUGUCAUUCAAUCCGACCUUUUUCCGCAUUGGCGAUGGGAAUGCCGCCGUUACCCCUUCCCUGGGAGCUGUGAAAUCCGUCGACCACGAUCUGGCCAAGUCGCUCCAGCUUCUCAAGCAGUUCGCUGAUGCGAAGAAGCGCAUCGAUGAAGACGGCAAUCUGACGGCAGCUCAGAAGGUCCAGGCUAUGCAAAACAUUGUUAUUCGCGAUUGCCGGGUCGAAGAUCUCGGGCUGGAUUUCACGCUUCCCGGAUACUCCAUCGAGCUUGUAGAGAAGGGGGCGGAGCAGCCAGUCACGAUUGAUAAUGUUGACACGUACGUGGACAAGGUCCUCGAUUUCACCUUGGGGUCCGGAGUGCAGCGUCAGGUGGACGCUUUCAGGUCGGGCUUCUCCGAAGUCUUCCCAUAUUCCGCGUUGAAGGCUUUCACGCCAGACGAGCUUGUAAUGUUGUUCGGCAGGGUUCAGGAGGAUUGGUCUCUCGAGACUCUGAUGGAUUCAAUCAAGGCAGACCAUGGAUACAAUCUUGACAGCAAGAGCGUUCGCAAUCUGCUGCAGACCAUGAGCGAGUUCUCGGCCACACAGCGACGGGACUUUCUGCAGUUCAUUACCGGCAGCCCCAAGCUUCCCAUCGGAGGGUUCAAAAAUCUCACUCCGAUGUUCACGGUCGUCUGCAAGCCGAGCGAGCCUCCUUACACGUCCGACGACUACCUCCCCAGCGUCAUGACCUGUGUCAAUUAUCUCAAGAUGCCAGACUACAGCAACAUGGACGUCCUCCGAGAGAAACUCAGUGUUGCCAUCCGGGAAGGGCAGGGCGCCUUCCAUCUUUCUUAA